UCUGACUCGGCCUGGAUUUGAACUUCUGACUUUCCAGUCUCAGGGUAGACACUUAUCCACAAGCCCACUGAACUGGUUCUGGAGAAGAAUGCAGGGGAGUAGAUGGAGAUGUUUGGACAUGCAGAGGAGGAACCAAGAUGAUCUUGGUGAAAGGAUGCUGAUGUUGGAGACUCCAGGAAAGAGGAGAUUCAUGGAUGAAGAAGAGAAAGUUAGAUGGAGGCGACUGAAAGGGAAGAAGUGAACUUGAUUACAUUAACAUUUGGCUGUGCACCAGCGGCACAGACUCUUGUGGACUUUUUAAGAAGGUUUGAACUUUGUUUCAAUGAUUUCCACCUCAGGAAGACUGUUCUCCAUCUGCAGGUUUCAGUGAGACUUGUCUUCCACCUUCUUGGUUCUCCUGUCGGACUCAGAUCUUCAUCACAUCUGACUCACGAAAACGUGCUGGUUCUGCCUUUCAUGACGGGAACCCUUCGGCUCACAGUGGAUCUGUGGGAUAGUGGCAGAGGCAGGACCAUCGGAGGGCAGGUCUUCAGGCAGCGGGGCUCCAUGAACACAGCGGGGCAGCAGCAGGGGGGGGCGCUGCGCUCUCGUCGAGGCCUCAGGGACAGGGACCCCGGGCAGGGCGGGGGCGUGGAUGCCGCCUGCUGGAUGGCGCCUGGAGUCCUGCGCAGGCUGAUGGAGCUUCCUUCACCCCCCCUGUCCCGACACCAGCUCAAGAGACUGGAGGAGCACAGGUACAGCAGCGCCGGCCGCUCCCUCUUGGAGCCGUUGAUGCAGCGGUACUGGGAGUGGCUGGUCGGACAGGUCCCCUCCUGGAUCGCUCCCAACCUGAUCACCAUCAUCGGCUUGGUCACCAACGUCUUCACCACCCUGGUGCUGGUGUACUACUGUCCCACUGCCACUGAACAGGCUCCUCUCUGGGCGUACCUGCUGUGCGCCGUGGGUCUGUUCGUGUACCAGUCGCUGGACGCCAUCGAUGGGAAGCAGGCCAGACGCACCAACAGCAGUUCUCCUCUGGGGGAGCUGUUUGACCACGGCUGUGACUCCCUCUCCACAGUGUUUGUGGUGCUGGGAACCAGCAUAGCCGUGCAGCUGGGCACCAACCCCGACUGGAUGUUCUUCUGCUGCUUUGCGGGGAUGUUUAUGUUCUACUGCGCCCACUGGCAGACGUACGUGUCGGGAACGCUGCGCUUCGGCAUCAUCGACGUGACUGAGGUGCAGAUCUUCAUCAUCGCCAUGUAUCUGCUCGCCGCUGUGGGAGGAUCUGCGUUUUGGCAGUCGCUGAUUCCUGUCCUGAACAUCCAGAUGAAGAUGGUUCCUGCUUUCUGCACCCUGCUGGGGGCCGUCUUCUCCUGCACCAACUACUUCAGAGUCAUCUUCACUGGAGGGGUGGGCAAAAACGGAUCCACGAUAGCGGGAACCAGCGUCCUCUCCCCCGUCCUACAUAUCGGUUCGGUCAUCAUCCUGGCAGUGAUGAUUUACAAGAAAUCAGCCGUGCAGCUCUUUGAGAAACAUCCGUGUCUUUACAUCCUGGCGUUUGGCUUCGUCUCCGCCAAAAUCACCAAUAAAUUAGUUGUCGCUCACAUGACUAAAAGUGAGAUGCACCUCCACGACUUGGCCUUCCUGGGACCGGGGUUACUGUUCCUGGAUCAGUAUUUCAACAGUUUUAUUGACGAGUACCUGGUGCUCUGGGUCGCUCUGAUCCUCUCCUUCUUCGACUUGGUCCGUUACUGCGUCAGCGUCUGCAACCAGAUCGCCUGCCAUCUUCAUAUCUUUGUCUUCAAAAUCCGGCCUGUUUCCAGCUUCAGCUCCGGCCCCCACUGAGGCUUCUCCGUCCCCUCAGGUUCCCUGUGGAGCUUCGUGGAGGACUGACUGUGAGCUUCUGCUGGCCGGCAAGACGUCCACAUACUGGAAUAUUACUCUCAUAGUUCUCCAUCGUAUGUGAACUGAACCACUCACCUGGUGGUGUCUGAUGUUUCAGGAGAGUUCAGGUGCUACCGGGUUUCUACGGACACUCCCCUUCUAGCCGUUUCCGUGCAAACACGACGCUCUUCAGUCCACUUAGUAGGAAGGGUUCAUCUGCUUCUGUAAAUAGAGACCCGUCUGUCGGCGCUUUGCUUUCCUUAAGUCUGGCUGUUUUCAUCUCUGCGGUUCUGAAGAAGCUUCAUCAGAACCGCCUCAGAAUCUUUAUUGUACAAACGUGCAGAAAAUCCACUGCCAGCUUUUGUGUUGUUACAUUUGCACUUUUUUGUACCUUUCACACUCCGGGGGGGCUUGUUGUUUUACACUUUGCUAAAGCAAUAGAGCAGUGGUUCCCAAAAAGAUGUUGACCUUUAGUUGUGCAGAAGUCGGAGAGGAAGGUCAGGCGUCGGGCCCAUGUGUGAAAGGUCAGAAAGUGACCCAGAGGCCUUUAAGCUCAACUCAGAACCUGAACGCCGGUGAAAGCGGAGCAGCAGUGUGGCAGCUUUAACCAGUCACUCCAUAACCGUCAACUCCAUCCCACCUCUUCAUUAGAUGUUUUUUUAUUAUUGCUAAAGGGUUUUUCAUGACAAAGACUAACAAAUCUCUUUCUGUUCUUUGGAUUUCAGUCUUUUAUUCUUACCACUUGCUUAAAUAUAUGUAAAAAAUGGCAUGUUAUAUUAUUUAAUUGAUUAAAGUCUAACAGUUAUUUCCUAAAA